AUGUCAAAUAUCAAUCAAAUAGAUGUAGAUUCGGUUUCAGCAACUACACCAACAACAGAACAAAAUACAAAUUCAACACGUAAUGCAACCAAAAGACCAAAACAAGGUGAUGAUUCAUUUGAACUUGAACAUCGUGUGGUUAAUAUUCGUAACCAAUACUUUAAUAGCGCUGGCUCUCGAUCAGUACAACAAAAACAACAAUUAAAUCCAACGACAUCUCAUUCUGCAGCAAACUAUGGAAACUCGACAUCCACACGAUCAACGUUUCCACCAUUUCGGAUUAGUUUUGCAGCUGAUAGUACACCAUCGGAAUUAUCAAUCAUCAAAGAUAUUAACAAACAUUGUCACAUUGGACUUUCAUAUGGUCGCUACACAUCUACUGGUAGUAAUAAAUGUUUUCUUAUAUAUGCCAAUAGCAGUGAACAAUUUGAUCGAUUAAUGGACAAAACAAUAUGGCCAAUUCAGAUAUGCUCUUUAGAUUAUGAAAUUUUAUUCCCAUCGAAAGUACCAACUUCAUAUUCAAUUGUCGCUAUUGGUGUUCCUGCUCAAUGGAAGUUAGAACAAUUUGAAUCUGACAUUAAAAAACAGUAUCCAACAAUCAUCAAAGUUGAACGACUAUAUGUUAAAGAUCGUAUACCAAUUUCAAAAGUUAGAAUUGAUUUUUCUUCAAAUCAAGAAGUAAAGAAAAUCAUUCAAAACAAAUGCUUACUCUUAGAUGAUGAAAAUACUUCUUUCAUGAUCCAACCAUAUUCUCCUCCAGCUAAAAUAUUACGCUGUUUCAAUUGUCAACAAUACAACGAUCAUAUUGCAGCAAAUUGUCCACAUAAGGACAAGCCAACAUGUUUUCGUUGUGGUUUAAACCAUCUAUUUAAUCCAAACUGUAGUAACAAAAUUUGCUGUGCAAACUGUGGUCAAAGCCAUAUGGCUGGUAGUCCAAGCUGUCCAGUAAAAGUAGAAGAACGAAGGAAAUUUCAACAGUUCUCGAACAACUUACCAACGAUUAACAACAACAACAACAAAGUAUUACAUGUUAAAUCGACUGGUGCUUCUGGUGCAUGGGCAACAAAUGCUCGAAAAGAACAUACACAAGCUCAAUUAUAUACACCAGUUCAUAAUGUAACAUUAAAUGAAUAUCCAGAUGCAUUAUCCGAUAUCAAUAAGAAAUUGGACCAGAUCAUGAAUAAAAUGGAACAAAUUACAAAUGAACAAACAAAUAUAAACGCGAGUAUUACAAAGGCAUUUCGAUUAAUUAACUCAUGGCAAAAGGACCUUGCCUCACUCAAGGAAUUUAUUAUUGACAAAGUAUGUCCUUAUAUUUUUAACUUAGGUGAAGCAUUUUUAGGAGCAAAAAAGCAAACUGAACAAGAAAAAUUACGUCCAAUUUUUAUGAAAUUCAAACAACAAUAUGAAGAAAUAGUCGAAUCACAUGAUAUAAAACAAAAUGCAAAACCUAUUCUAUCCAGGUCAACCUCAAAUGAAUCCAUCAGCACCUAA